AGUCCCGCCGCGAAGAUGCUCAAAGUCACGGUGCCCUCGUGCUCCGCCUCGUCCUGCUCUUCGGUCACCGCCAGUGUGGCCCCGGGGGCCGGGAGCCUCAUCCCGGAUUACUGGAUCGACGGCUCCAACAGGGAUGCUUUGAGCGAUUUCUUCGAGGUGGAGUCGGAGCUGGGACGGGGUGCUACAUCCAUUGUAUACAGAUGCAAACAGAAGGGGACCCAGAAGCCUUAUGCUCUCAAAGUGUUAAAGAAAACAGUGGACAAAAAAAUCGUAAGGACUGAGAUAGGAGUUCUUCUUCGCCUCUCACAUCCAAACAUUAUAAAACUUAAAGAGAUAUUUGAAACCCCUACAGAAAUCAGUCUGGUCCUAGAACUCGUCACAGGAGGAGAGCUGUUUGACAGGAUUGUGGAAAAGGGAUAUUAUAGUGAACGAGAUGCUGCAGAUGCUGUCAAACAAAUCCUGGAGGCAGUUGCUUACCUACAUGAAAAUGGGAUUGUCCAUCGUGAUCUCAAACCAGAGAAUCUUCUCUAUGCAACUCCAGCCCCAGAUGCACCACUCAAAAUUGCUGAUUUUGGACUCUCUAAAAUCGUGGAACAUCAAGUGCUCAUGAAGACAGUAUGUGGAACCCCAGGGUACUGCGCACCUGAAAUUCUUAGAGGCUGUGCCUAUGGACCUGAAGUGGACAUGUGGUCUGUAGGAAUAAUCACCUACAUCUUACUUUGUGGAUUUGAACCAUUCUAUGAUGAAAGAGGCGAUCAGUUCAUGUUUAGGAGAAUUCUGAACUGUGAAUAUUACUUUAUCUCCCCCUGGUGGGAUGAAGUAUCUCUAAAUGCCAAGGAUUUGGUCAGAAAAUUAAUUGUGUUGGAUCCUAAGAAAAGGCUGACUACCUUCCAAGCUCUCCAGCACCCGUGGGUCACAGGUAAAGCAGCCAAUUUUGUACACAUGGAUACAGCUCAAAAGAAGCUCCAAGAAUUCAAUGCCCGGCGCAAGCUCAAGGCAGCAGUGAAGGCCGUGGUGGCCUCUUCCCGGUUGGGAAGCGCCAGCAGCAGCCAUGGCAGCAUCCAGGAGAGCCAGAAGGCCAGCCGAGAGCCAUCUCCAACACAAGAUGACAAUGAAGAUGUUAAAGCUAUUCCAGAAGGAGUGAAAAUUCAAGGAGAUGGGGCCCAAGUGGCAGUUGAGGGGGCAGAGACUGAGCUGAUGAAGGUGCAGGCCAUAGAGAAAGUUAAAGAUGCUGAAAUAAAUGCUGCUGAGGCCACCAAGAUGGUGCCCGAGGCAUUAGAGGAUGGGAUAAAGGAGGCUGACCCAGAAAUAGAGGAGGGCCUAGUGGAGGAAAAGCUGAAGACUGUUGAGGAAGCAGCAGCCCCCAAAGAAGGGCAAGAAAACCCUGCUCUGGAAUUUGGAGCUCAGCAGAAUGAUGUGAUCCUGCCAGAGUACUAA